AUUUUAUUCAACUCAUCUUUGUGUUGUUGAUUCUCCCCCAGCAUAGAUUGACCACUGAUGAAGUUUUCAGUUCUUUCGAGCCUUGCACUUCUCGCAUUACUAGCGCUCCGAAUAGCUCUCAACUCCUGGAAUAGGAAACGACUACCCCCAGGCCCUCGAGGUUUGCCUAUCUUAGGGAACGUCCUUCAACUAGGAGCGGCGUCUCAGCUAUGGCUCAUUUUCGAUAAGUGGAAGUACCAAUAUGGCCCCAUAAUGUAUCUAAAUAUGGCGGGACAGAACAUUGUGGUUCUCAACACCAAAGCGGCAGCUACAGAGCUUUUGGAGCGCCGUUCUGCGAUCUACUCAGAUCGACCGAGGAGCAUCGUGGCAGAUUACCUAGGCAGUCAGUUGUCUAUGCCAUUCACGAGAUACGGCAAAUCAUGGCAAAACAUGCGCCGUGCAGGUCAUGCUGUUCUGAACGCUCGAAUUAGCGUGCAAUAUCAACCCGUCCAGAUCGAAGAAGCAAUAAUACUUGCUCAUAGUUUACUAUGUGAUACAUCUUCUCCCCUGCUUGCGAAAAUUAAUAGGUCUGCUUCAACUAUAAUAUCUGUCAUAUACGGGAAACGAUCUCUUUCUUCCGGGGAGCCCGAGCAGGUAUUCGAUGAUGCCCCACAAGCCCACACGCCGCCUGUUUACGAGAAACUUCACCUGACUUCGGACCCGCUCCAAACUCUCAGUAACAUCGCGCACCGCUUUACCAGUGCUGUGUAUCCAGGCGCUCAUCUCGUAGAGCUUAUCCCAAUACUGGAUUAUCUCCCUGCCGCAAUAGCCAAGUGGAAGAGGGAUGCUCAAAGAGACUAUAAACGAAUUUCGAAUAUCUUCGAGAGGUAUUUUGACGACACGGUGAGAAACGACCAGCAGCGGACAAGUCUUUGCGUCAAGCUAGCAGAUGAUCAGGUAGCAAGUGGAUUGACUGAUGCAGAAAAAGCCUGGGUUGCGGGUUCUCUUUCUGUCGCUGCGUUGGAAACUACUAGCACCACUUUAUCAUUCUUCCUUCACGCCAUGAUUUUACACCCAAAUAUUCAAGAGAAUGCACAAAUAGAGAUAGACCGUGUCGUAGGAAGAUCACGGAGUCCGACUUUUGCUGAUAUGGUCCAUCUUCCGUAUGUGAGAGCAAUCGUCAAAGAGGUUUUGAGAUGGCAGCCCGCAAUACCAUUGGCUGUUCCUCAUAUUGUGAUGGAGGACGACUGGUACGAAGGUUAUUUUAUCCCUAAAGGCACAUCGUGCAUACCAAACGUGUGGUCAAUGAACCGCGAUAAAGAUGUAUAUGGUUCUGAUGCCGAUAAAUUCCACCCGGAACGAUUUCUAUUCCAGACUGAAAAAGGCCUUGAAUUUGCGCUUCGUGCUGAAUACGAAAAUGACGAUGGACAUUGUUCGUAUGGAUUUGGGAGGAGAGUCUGUGUGGGACGACACGUUGCUGACAAUGCCUUAUUCAUCGAUAUAUGUACAAUACUAUGGGCACUACGUAUUGAACCCGCAGUUUCUACGAACUCUGCAGCUGGGCGAGGACCAUCGAAAGAUAUAUUGAAUCCAAUCCCAAACUUCCAUUGUCGUAUUUUCCCUCGAUUCCCAGAAGCGGAAGGGCUCCUUCAACAUUUACGAGACGACGUAGUACACAGUAGGACAAAUAUUACUCCAGGACAGUGAUGGCCUUGCUGAUAGACUGUAAAUUGGUAUCAUAAAAGUGUAAAGUUUCUUCGUACCAAGGCUUAUCGUGUACAGUAGUGCAAAUGCUAACGCUGUACUAGCUUACAUACUUCUACAAGUAGGAAUAGGAAUCAAACCAUGAAGUUGGAGGGAUGUAUGAGUAUUCAUAAGA